GAUUUCCGAACCCUGUGUUAGAGGCGGACACACACAGUCCUAGACGCUGGGGCGCACUGGAGGCAGCUGGUCUCUGCUGGGUUCACCUCUGGGUCUCCCACUCUCCAGGGGGCUGCAGCUUCUGGGGCCAGUGCUGGGCAUGUGGGCAUCAGGGGUCCAUGCUACCUCUGUGUCAAGGAUGUUUUGCCACAGUGAUAGAUCGGAGCGGGGUUGUGGGCUGGAGCAGCAAACACCGGGGCUGCACAAGCUCAGUCUCGUUGCUGUGGCUGGGAACAGGCAGGGAUGAAAAAGCCUUUGCAAGGUCAAAGAGGGCCCUGUGGAUGGUGUCUCAGGUCAUUGCUUGGAUCCUAGCACCCUUGCUGGGUGCUGACAGGUCCCUGCAGGCACCUUUCCCUUGUGGAUCAGCCUGACCAGCUGCACUCCUGCGAGUUUCCCAGCAAGAUCUGUAGGUGCAGAGGGAACGGGAGCCGCAGCCAGCACGCCUGGGAUGUGAAAGGCUGCCUUGUUCCCCUGCCGCUCGCUGGGGUUGCGACGUGAACCGGCGCCGCCUCGACCCUCGCGCCCCAGGAUGCUGGAAACGGAGCACCCGGCUGAUCCAUUCGGAGCGGGGAUGCGUAAGGAAGAGGCAGGAUGAAGUGGAGGACAGCGAGGGCCGCAGGAGGGAGUGAGGCAGAGGCCCGGGCUGGCUGGCGCGUGGCACAGCUCGCUGCACGGCUCUGCACGCGCAGCCACGGCCAGAUGCGUUACUGCGUUACCGAUCGGGCACUUUCCUGUGCAGCAUAUCUUAUGCGUUAAGUUGUUGGCUCAAUCUCUUCUCUCUUUUUCCUGUAUUGGGAGGAGGAGAAAAUAGGGAAUGCCCUGCUAUAGCAAAAGGCAAAGAUAAAAGGGGGAAGGUAAGGUCCCAGGAGCAGCAUGGCAGGCUGGGGCUUUCCUGCCACGUAUCUGGGUUAGCCGAGGUGGGACUGGCAGCUGCAGCAGGGCUGUGGCAUGUAACAACUUCUCUCUUCUCAGCUGGUGUGAGCAGAUCCCUGGCCCUGAGCUACAAGUCGGUGAUCUUUGCCAGAUGAAUGAGAAAGCCCUUGGCUUUGGUCCCUACUGUGCGGCUAAUUGCAUUACGGCACCUCCAGCAGCCUCUGGGGAAGGGCACGCCGCAGCCUCCAGACACAGAUUACAGUGCUGUAUAUAGCCCCGGAGCAGCACCUGUGCUGAGCCCAGGCGUAAUGAGCUCAGAGCAGAGGCCAGGAGCCGCCCUGGGAGAAACAGCCUGGGCCAGCCCAGCGCCGUGGACGUGACGUCCUCACCUUGUGGCUGUAAUGAGAUCCGCUGGCGGAAGGAGGCUGGCUUGUGUCCGGAGAGGGAUGCUGUGCCACGAUUUCUCCUCCAGAGCAGGAUGCCUGCUGGGAGGGCCCGCUCUGGAUCCUUCGCAGCCGGCAGCCUCGGAGAGCCGCGAAGAGAAGCGCAGAGCUGCUGGUUCAGCCGUUAGUGCCGCGCUGGGUGCCUGAAAUCGCCUGCCAGAGGCCAGCCAGAGAGGCACAGCAUCUCCUGGGAAACCCUGCGCUAAGCCUGCCCAGGAGGGUCUCUGACGUCCCAAACGUGGGCUUUUCCGAGUAUCAGGUCCUAAGGUCUUUUGUACGGCACUUUGAACGGACUAAAGCAGCAGACAGGGCGAGUGGGUAUCUGCUCUGCAGCUUGGGCAGCCAGGGUGGUGGUGAUUAUUAACUUCUCUGGAGGAGCGCCAAGAGGUGAAAUCUCAUCCUGGAUCUGACCUGCCCCAGCCCUGGUGAUAGGAGCACUAUGAUGAUCUCAAUGGUGAUGGUGGCGGUGGGAGUCUACGCCCGGCUGCUGAAACACGCAGAGGCAGCGAUGGCCUGCCUGGCUGUGGACCCUGCCAUCCUGCUCAUCGUGGUCGGCGUCCUCAUGUUCCUCAUCACCUUCUGUGGCUGCAUCGGCUCCUUGCGGGAGAACAUCUGCCUGCUGCAGACGUUCUCCGUCUGCCUGACCGUGGUCUUCCUCCUGCAGCUGGCAGCUGGUGUGCUGGGCUUCGUCUUCUCUGACAAGGCACGCGGGAAGGUGAGCGAGAUCAUCAACGGCGCCAUCGUGCAUUACCGGGAUGACCUGGACCUGCAGAACCUCAUUGACUUUGGGCAGAAGGAGUUCAGCUGCUGCGGGGGGGUCUCCUACAAGGACUGGUCCCAGAACAUGUACUUCAACUGCACCGUUGACAACCCCAGCCGCGAGCGGUGCUCGGUGCCUUUCUCCUGCUGCCUCCAAGCCUCUGACGAGGCUGUCAUCAACACCAUGUGCGGCCGGGGCAUGCAGGCCAUGAACUACCUGGAGGCCAGCGAGUUCAUCUACACCAACGGCUGCAUCGACAAGCUGGUCAACUGGAUCCACAGCAACCUCUUCCUGCUGGGGGGCAUCGCUCUGGGACUGGCCAUCCCCCAGCUGGUGGGCAUCCUGCUCUCUCAGAUCCUCGUCAACCAGAUCAAAGACCAGAUCAAGCUGCAGCUCUACAAUCAGCAGCACCGGGCAGAUCCCUGGUACUGAGCCCCUGCGAGCCCAGCGCUUCCGUCGGGCGUGGAGGCUUCCCAUGCCCACCCGCAGCCCAGCGGGCUGGUUGGACACGCUUGGGCGAAGAGGAGACCCGUCUUCCCGGCAGCUGCUGGCUUUGCCCUCUAGAGAGGGGCUCAUCUCCUGGAGCAAGGUCAAACCUUUGUACCUCCCCUGUGGCCGGAGAUGGGAGAGUGGCCUCCUUCACUGGUGACUCUUGGACUUUGGGAGUCGCUUUGCUUGGGGUUAUUUUCUUUAAAGCAGCCCGGCACUGGAGCGAUUCGUUUCCAGGCUUUGCGGCACGGAGCUGCUGCAGCCGCUGCUGAGGGUGCUGAGAGCAGGGUUUGGCUGUGGACCUGUGCAGGGCCAGGGUUCAUCGCGUUUCAGCCCCACUGGGCUCUGAUGCUCCUCCGCUUCUGAGUGGAGGCUCCUGACCCCCACUUUAAUUGGAGAUCUGGGGGUGAGCAGUGAAGGGGAAGGUCUGGCUGGGUCCCCAGGAGGAGGGCAAUGCCCGGGGCAGCCAGCCCUCACAGGGAGGGUUGUGGUUUCUCCAUCACCUCCUCCAGGAAACCGUGGAUCUGGAGGAAGAACUGAUGGGCGAUUUGCAGGGAAGACGGAGGCUUGAAGAGGUUGUGGAUGCCCCAACCUGCGCACACGCCAGCUGCUACGCUGGGCAGGGGGACGUGUGGGGACUUUGGGGGUGGGCUGCAGGCCCCAAAUGCACAACCUCGGCCUCGGUGCCUUCAGCAGCCUGUGGGAGAGCCUGAUGCCAGCCCCAGAGCCCGUGCUCCCUCCAGCCCUCCCUGCUGCUGCACCCGCUUCGUGAGGGUCUCUGGUGGCCCGCUCCUGCGUGCAGCCCCGAGCCUGUCCGCCCGUCCCGAGGGACCUGGCGGCGCAGGUCGCCCGUGAAGCAGGCGGCUUCGUGCUCGGCCGUGCUGCCUGCGUCGUGGUGCCCUCCUGAUCCGCGCGCCGCGUGGGCCCGCGGCCUCCCUGCUGCCUUCAGCUCUGAGCAAGGCUGGCUCAAGGCAGAGGCGAGGCAGGGUCUGCGCCAUCGCUGGGCUCCCUCUCGGGGAGUCUGCCCGCCUCUGUACCUGGCUCGCGCUGUCCUGCGGCCAGGGCCGCGUCCCCCUCUCCUCCUGAUGCCUGUAAACCCCCGCGCGGUGGUCCUGCGCUCUCAUUAACUCGACCAGGACGUUUUUCCCUUUGCUUCCGCAGGGAAUAAAGAGAGAUGGGGCUGGAGGUGCGGAGCGCUCUGCCGUGAGGCGACUUUCCUCCAGAAAAGUGACUUUUCUCCUCCCCGAAGUGACUUUUCUCCCCGAAAAGCGACUUUUCUCCCCAGAAAAGUGACUCCUCCUCCUCC